AUGGUUUUAGCAGAGUUACGAUCGUUUUCACUGGAUGACUGUGAUGUCGAAGUGAACAAAGCACUGUCUACUUUGCUCUUGCAAAAUAUUGAAUGCAAGAUUGGCGGGCGUGAACAACUGCCUGGCACACAACAUAGAUGCAGAAUUGUUGGUUAUGACACCCAUGAGGUAACAACGCACGCCUAGUAUAGUACUAUUUGCAGCACCCGUGCAUAAUGAAAUAGGGGUGCACCACCAGAUUUAAAAUCCGGCCGGAUUUAACAAAUUUUCCGGCAUCCGGACGUAUUUGGAGAAAAUCCGGCCAGAUUUAAAUUUCUGUUUUCGCCUUAAAAAAUUCACCAAGAAUGGGAUAAACCAUCAAUUUGGCAGCUUUGAAGUUUAAAAAACACUUACAUUAUUAUAAAAUAUUAAGUUAUUAACAAGAAGAUAGUUAAAAAAGGUUUAAACACAAUCAAAAAUCUAAACUGACACUAACUAAAAAUAGUAAAAAACAUAAACCGCCAUUUUGAAUACUAAAUUAUUCCAAUUGUCCCCAUCACCGGUUGAUCUCAACUCCGGCUGGAAUUUUUGUCCAAAUCCAGUUCCGGCCGGAUUCGAAAAUUCCAAAUCCGGUGCACCCCUAUAAUGAAAUAAGAUGUGUGCCGCCACCCUCAGCUGGGUAAGGUAAAUAUUACAUGCGCAUGACUCAUCUCAUUCUAGGUCUGUCCCGAGGCUGCCUGCCUAAUACAUUAUGCCGAGCAAGGAAGACAGUGGCUGGAAUCGAGGAUGAGGCGACUGCGGCAAGAUGGUGAUGAAGAACAACUUCUCCUUGACGUCAACCAGUAUGGACGUCUGCCGUUCUCAGCGUUUGGGUAG